AAGCGGGCUGGAAAACAUUCGAGAGGGAAACAAAGGAAGAGGGACCAUCUUAACUGUUUUUGACACAAGCGUUUGUAAAAGUUAACAUCUUUUCGAACCAGAACACCUCGACGCGUUCAUAAGGUUUCCGUCAUGUCUCACAAACAAAUCUACUACUCUGACAAAUAUGACGAUGACAAAUACGAGUACAGACAUGUCAUGCUACCUAAAGACAUUGCUAAGCGUGUACCCAAGACCCAUUUGAUGUCGGAGACCGAGUGGAGGAACCUCGGAGUGCAGCAAAGCCAAGGAUGGGUGCAUUACAUGAUCCAUCAGCCAGAACCACACAUUUUGUUAUUCCGGCGCCCUCUGCCCAGCCCUAAAUCAUAAAGGAUGCUCUCUGGAUCCUGCAAAGAUCAGUCCUUGUGCGCCACAGAUCUACUGAUCGUGUAUCGGAGCGUUUGUAUGGCGGACACCGCGGGCUGAUCAUGCUGGACCUGGGAACGAGACUGUUAACAUUUAUGAACAUUAUGGUUGUGGAACUGUGUUGAAAGAAGGAAAAAAAGUUUACCCUUCUCUUGACGAAAGGACUUCUGCUCAUACACCACCUGCCAGAAACAUUCAAGCCUUUUGAUGUCUCACCAACCCCCAACUUGCUGCUAGGACAUUCCAUCUUUUUAUUGAUCCAAGAUGUGAGAAACACAAGUUCAGCAUUUGAGUUCUAGUAGUGCAUGAAGCCAAACAAACAAAAGAAACAAAAAAAAAAAUCAAAGAUUGUAAAUUUAGUUUGACUCAGAAACUGAUCUGCGGUUUGAAGGGACGUGUUGCUGCUUGGUCUAAAUGACACUGUAAAACUGGCAUUCAACAAUAUUGUCAUGUUCAUGAAAACCUGCGUCAGUCUGCUUUUUAAAAAAACAAAAAAAACAAACUUGUUUGGAUCCUGUUUUCUGAAACCAGUUUCUGACCUGCGUUAAAGAAUCUCAACUGGUCUGAGUGCACAGUGAGCUGCUUGAUAUUUAUGUCACCCUCUUAAAUAAAUGUAAAUUUUUAAA